GGGAACUGUUGUCGCGUGGCAAACAUGUCUACAGUCUCCUGUCUCCACUGAUAAGCAGCCUUGACAUGACCAUGGGUACGGAUUCCACACAACCCAGAGGUCUCGUUAACUAAACUAGAUUCGUAAUUAGAGUCCUCUUGCUGCUGUCUUCUCACUUGACUUCGAAUUCAUUUCUGGCAUUGGGGGACGCUAUUGAUACGCACAAUAUUGCGCUCGCUAUCAGGCGCGUGAGGACCGCACUUCACGCUUUGGUGUGAGAUUUUUGGAGUUGCCAAAUUGGUACCGCAAUUUAGGACAAUGACGGACUCCACAGCCCCAUACCCGGUGAGCACCAUCCCGGAUCCAACUAUUGUCGAUCCGUCGACUGUGAACUGCCAGUGCGACCCGACAAAUCAACAGCCACCCAAAAGAGCAAGUCAGGGGGAACCUAAAUUCAAGAUGGACCAGGAGAUGAAGAUUAGUGAUAGCGUGGAGGGGCAAGGCUUGCUGGAGAGCAGCAUGAGGCUAAAGCCCCACGAAGCUCAAAGCUACCGCAAGAAAGCAUUGUGGGUCUCCUGGGUUUCCAUCUUUGUGACGCUGAUCCUGGCAGUAGCAGCUUUCACUGUUUCCUUCAUGAGACACAGUGCCUCGGCUUUCGGAUUCGCUUUUGACGCUGCCCUGGAUGUGCUGUCCUCCAUCAUCGUGGUGUGGCGCUAUAGUAACGCUGCCGCCGUUCACUCUGCACACAGAGAAUACAUUUCCUGUGCGAUCCUGGGUGUGGUCUUCAUCCUGUCCUCCCUGUGUAUCCUGGGAAAGGCAAUCCAUGACCUGGCUACCAAGCUACUGCCUGAAGUGGAUGACUUCCUCUUCAGUGUGUCCAUCGUCAGUGGCGUGGUGUGUGUCAUUCUGUCCGUGUUCAAGUUCAUGCUGGGCAGGGUGCUCACCAGCAGAGCCCUCAUCACAGACGGUUUCAACUCCCUGGUGGGCGGGGUCAUGGGCUUCUCCAUCCUAAUCAGUGCCGAGGUGUUCAAGCACGAUCCCGAAGUGUGGUACCUGGACGGGUCCAUAGGGGUCCUGAUAGGCCUCAUCAUCCUGGCCUACGGAGUCAAGCUGCUGGUUGAUAUGGUCCCUCGAGUACGACAGACGAGGAACUACGAGCGAUUUGAGUGACAGAAGAACACGGAAGGGCAGCGAGGGCACAGAGGGGGAUGGGUUCUAGGCUACUACAUACAGUAUAUGUACGUCCAGUGUCGGUUCUAGGAUAUGUAUAUCUACGCCCAGUCCCUAUCCAGCUCAGCUCCAUUCUUCCUGCUAGAUCUCUCCAGUCACCAUGACAAACCUAUUGAUUGAAUUAGACCUCAAGGUGCCCGCCGAGUGGCAUUUUAGUUAGACCCAAGUGGUCCAUUCUGCAGCGUUCCCCCUGUCUGUCUCAGACUCCAAACCUGACCGUCCAUAGAAGUCAUUACGAAGUCAAAGAGAAGAUGGAGGAAUUUUCCUUCAAUGUUUCUCCUCCUCCUCUGUCGAAGCAGGGGGAGGUAGAAGGACAGACAGAAGGACGUGGGCUGCUGAGUCGUCAGAAAAUUAUGUCACUGAUGCUACAAAGGCACUGCACCUUUUCCACUGAUUACAGUCUGGUGUUCAUACAGUGGGGAAAAAAAGUAUUUAGUUAGCCACCAA